AAGUAGGACAUUUUGACUUGUGUUGACUUGAUGACACACGCACAGGGGGCAUAGAUUUUUACCUGAAGUCCAUUUUCCAGUGCCAGAAAGUCACCUGCUUUCAACGAGCCAAUACAACACAUGCACAAUGAGUGUCACACGGUGGAUGCGCUUGCUGCUGUUCUGUCUGUGUUGCCAUUUUGAGACCCAGCCUGCUGCGUGUGUACCUACGUGGAUGUUGCCCCAGUUCCCUUGUGAUGUCACAACCUACAACGACUCUCAGGUCCUCUUUGACUGUAAAGGGCGCCAUCUGCAUAGCGUACCUGACGGCAUAACUAGUAAUGCAACCUGGCUCAACUUAUCAGAAAAUUACAUUAAGAAUAUUUCAGCUAAUUCAUUCUCUAACCUGUGGAAUCUGACUCAACUCAAUCUCAGCUGGGCAAACAAGAACAAUGCACUGAUCAUUGCUGCGAAUGCUUUCAAAAAUCUGACAAAACUGCAUGAACUGAGACUGACUGGUAACUGUCUAAACGAAAUUCCCAGCAAUCUCCCACUCAGUGUGAAAAUCCUUGAGCUAACCAAUAACAAGAUUAUGUCACUGGAUAACAGGAGCCUCGCUGGCUUGACGAACGUGACACAUUUAUUCUUAGCGAGAAACUGCUACUUCUGGAAUCCUUGUGGGAAAGUGGUUACGAUUAUGGACGACAGCUUUGCGGAUCUGACCAAACUGCAGGCUCUGGACUUGUCCCUCAACAACUUAACUAAAGUUCCCAAAGGAUUGCCCAAAUCAUUACACACAUUAAAGAUGGGUUCGAACAAAAUAGAGUACAUCUCUGAAGAUGAUUUGCGAGGGCUACAAAAUUUAAAAAUCCUGAAAAUACAUGGGAACUGUCCAAGAUGUCAAAAUGCUCCAUUUCCCUGUGUUCCUUGCCAAAACAUUUCUCUCGGUAUCCAUCCUAAUGCAUUUCACAGUUUGACACAGCUUGAGAUACUGAACCUGGGGGGAAACUCCCUGAACCACCUGAAGCCCUCCUGGUUUGAGAGGCUGAACAAGCUUAAACAAUUGUUCCUGGCUUUCAACUUCUUGCUAAAAGCAAUUACUGAGGAGGCAUCAUUUCUAACUUACCUUCCCAAGCUGGAAAAAAUUGAUCUCUCAUUCAACUUUGCUCUCAAGUACUAUCCUACCACAAUAAAUCUUUCAAAGGAGUUUUCAAAUCUCGUAUCACUGAGAACUUUGCAUUUGGAGGGUUUGGUCUUCCAGAAUAUUGGACCAGACACACUCAAACCUCUGUACCAGCUCAAAAAUCUGUCUGCACUGAAUUUAGGCACUAACUUCAUUAUUCACUCUGAUCCAACCAUAUUCAGCAAAUUCUCCCACCUGAAAAUGAUAUACCUCGCAGAAAACAGGCUGUAUCCCAUUCCAGCGCAAAGUCCCCCACAUCCAAGUGAGGGAUACAAUCAGAGGUCGGGCCUUUCCAUUUCAUCGCUCAUAAAACCCCAUCCAAAAGAUUUCUCUUACGAGCUGUCGCACAGCCUGGUCAAGCAAGAGUGCUUCGACUCCGGACGAGUGCUCAUCCUCAGCUCUAAUAAUCUGUUCUUCAUUUCUCCAGAGCAAUUUAAGGGCUAUGGGAAUAUUGCAUGUCUCAACCUCUCAAGAAACGGAUUUUCAGCAGCACCUAAUGGAACAGAGUUCUCCUCGCUGCCUGAUCUGACAUACCUGGACCUGUCCUUCAAUAAGAUUGAUCUGGCCUAUGACUACGCCUUCAAAAACCUAAAGAAACUACAAGUACUAGACCUCAGCUACAAUGCUCACUACUUCAAAGCAUUCGGGGUGACGCAUAAUUUAAAUUUUACAAAAAACCUGCCAGCCCUGAGAGUGCUGAAUAUGAGCUAUAACUCAAUUUACACACUGACGACAAAACAGAUGUACAGCAAAUCAUUGGCAGAACUUCAGUUUACAAAUAAUUAUCUUGGGACUCUUUGGAAACAGAGAGAUGGCUCAUAUACAAUGCUUUUUACUAAUCUUACUAAUUUGACAAUUUUAGAUAUAUCCUACAACCACAUUACAAAGAUUCCAGACGACGUUUAUGAAUAUUUGCCACGUAAUCUCACUAAACUCAGCAUAAGUCACAACUCACUUACUGAUUUUACAUGGGACAAUCUGAGGUUUUUCCAUCAACUUCAAAUUUUAGACCUGAGCUUCAAUUCUUUAGUUAACGUGACAAGAAUGAACUCAAACGGCACCCACACUUUGACGUUCCUGGACCUGAGUCAUAAUCACAUUUUCCACUUGGACAAUGGCUUUCUAAAGGGUGCAAAAAGCCUGAAGGUUCUUAGCCUUAGCAACAACAAACUGACUAUCAUCAAUCAAUCCACCUUCCAACCGAAACCUGAGAACCAGAUUCAGACUUUAUUCCUGCACGGAAACCUGUUCCAGUGUACCUGUGAUUCGUUAGAUUUCAUUCUGUGGAUUGAAAACAGUGACAUAAAGAUCCCGAGACUGACCACAGAGGUGACCUGUGACACACCAGCAAACCAGAAGGAUAAAGUUCUGAUAUACUUUGACAUUAACGAGUGUGUGAAUGGCAGUCAGGCCUUCUUGAUGUACAUUCUCUCGCAUUUCUUCAUUAUUGUUUUUAUGGUUGUGACAACAGUUGCUCACUUAUUUUACUGGGAUGCUUCCUAUGUCCUGCACUAUGUGAAAGCUAAGAUGAAGGGAUACAGCUCCUUCAACUCACCAGACAGUGCUUAUGGUGUCUUUGUGACUUAUGACACCAAAGAUCCACAUGUCUCUGAUUGGGUGAUGAGGAAUCUGCGAGUUAAACUGGAAGAGGAAGGAGAGAAGCAAUAUCCUCUGUGUCUGGAGGAGAGGGAUUGGCCGCCUGGAGUCCCGCUGGUGGAUAACCUCACUCAGAGCAUCCGAUACAGUCACAAGACCCUGUUUGUCUUGACAGAGGGAUACGUUAAGACCGGGGUUUUCAAGCUGGCGAUGUAUCUGGCCCACCAAAGACUGCUUGACGAGAAUGUGGACGUGAUCGUGCUGCUGAUGCUGGAGCCUGUCCUGCAGCACUCUCACUUCCUGCGCCUGAGGAGGAGGCUGUGCGGGAAAAGUGUGGUGGAGUGGCCGCGAACAGCUGCGGCAGAGCCCUGGUUUUGGCAAAACCUGAGGAAUGUGGUCAGAGUAGACAAUCAGGUCAUAUACAACAAGACUUAUUCAAAGUACUUCACCAGCCACUGAAGGCCAGCUCUCUGACAAUGAUUUGUGACUUUACGAUGUGGACAAAAAUAUCUGGAGCCUGGUUUUGAAGUUUAUGUUUUUGAGACUUUAAUCACUCAGCCUGGGGUGUAAAAGAAGACGGAUAAAGACCUUAUUUCAUAAUGGCUUUCUAAUACAAUAAGAAUGAUACUGAAUGUGAUUUAUGUGUAAAAAAAAUGUGUAUGAAUA